AUGACGCACCUUAUAAGAUCGGCCUCUGUCCUGUACGCGGUAUUAGUGGCCGCCACUCAGUACGGCCAAAGUCUUGCUGUUUCACUUUGCAACAGAGAUGGGGAGCGACCUGUGCAUGUAAGGGGCGUGUCCGGUACGUAUUGCGUACCCCAGAAGUUGUGUGAAGGAUAUUUUAGCGCCACAAAUGAACAGCUUCUUGCAUGCCCUCGAGCGGGACAGCAAGAUGUGGUUGGGAGUGGUGUAUUAGUUCGAGAUAGCUGCUGUGCUAUAGUGGACAGCGACAGCGGCAAAUUGGGUUGUGUAGAACGCAAAAAUGCGACACUGGAUACGGCGUGUCUGAUCUUGCCGCGAAAUCGAGAUUUUGAUCGAGUUAACCGUAAGAAACGUAGGGGCAGGACGCUGCAAAAUUCCGUAACAAGUGAGGCAACUUUUACAAUCUCAGUGUCUACACCCGUGCCCCCGUAUAUUCCACCAGCCGUGACUUCAGCUCCAAGGUUGACGAAAGUGGGUUCGACUAUAGAUCCAGCUAUUACCACUUUAACUCCCACUGAAGCUCCAAUGCAAGCGACUCAAGUCUCUGUUGAAGCUACAGAGGGUCCUGUGUCGGCAUCUUCGAAUCUUGAAGCUUCACCCAUAGAAACGCCACCACCAACGCUAUCUACGGCAACAAUCACAAAAGUUCCGGAAGAUGUGGCACCAAUGAUUGAAGACCCAGCAAGGACUAAAUCGAUAGCAUUUGAUACGAUGGAUGAUCAACAGACACAAGCUCCAUUAUUGACCACUAAAGGACCACCCUCCGCAACCCAAGUCCCGCUGUAUUACGAAGAAAGCUCAGCAUUGACACUUGCUCCGAAUAUAUCAGAUAAGGUUUCGAGGACAUCAGCCCCAACAUGGUCAACAUCGCCUCCAACGCCUGUACAAAACCCUCUUACAGCUGUGCCUACACUGAAUGACACAACCGCUUCAGUAGAAGCUACCGAAGUGCCAAUGAUGAUUAAUGAAUCGCUGAAGAGUGAUAUUCAACCAUCUACAGUAGUGACGUCUGCGGCUGAUAUUUCAGGAAAAGCUUUAGAAAUUACAGAUGCUCCGCCGGACCCAAUGCUAAUUUCAUCUUCGACGAACACAACAGCUUCAAAUACGACAAGCAAUGCUUCAGCAUCACCAAAUGCGACUCUGAUUUCUAAACCAGCUCCGGUAGCAGAAAACGAUGCUAGUGUGGAGUCAACAAUGUCACCAGUCAGUACUCAUACUCUUCCUCCAGGUGCUUCACCGACUGCAACAUCCGAAAUUCUUGAUGAGAACAUUACAACUCCGAUCCUCGCAACGGAGAUACCUGAAACUCUGACGACAGAAUUAUCAAGACCAACCGACAUAGUCUCCAAUAUGUCUGUUUCAGCAGACACCACCUCACGACCAACCGACUCAGUCUCUAAUAUGUCUGUUUCAACAGACAACAACUCCCCGACACAAAGCGUUCCGACUGCUCCUUCAAUACUGACACCUCCGGUUGCAACCUUGAACUUGACAAGCCCGACAAAUUCUUCCCCUGCCAUGGCGAUGCAGGUGUUAAAUUCUGGUCCAACCUCUGAUUCAAUUGUACCUGAGAUGACGAUAACCCCAAGUCAAGCCAGCCCACCUCUGGAACCGGUUUCACCUUCAAUAAUUUCAAGUGCUAACUCCGAUAGGCCAACUUUAGCACAAAUGAAUGUCCUACCACUUGCCCCAGCUGAAACUUCGUUAGACUUGAGCCCGGAUUCGGGAGCAAGUGAGUCAUCAAGUCAUAAUUUUGAGUCAGUUAAUGCAAGUGGGUGCUACUUGCGAGAAUCGAAUUGCUCGUCUAGUUCUCCCGCGAGCGAGCCCACUGGAUCUUUCCCAAAUUAUGAGCAGACAGGGUCAAUGCUAGCAACGUAUGCUGGUGCUAGCACAGCAGGUCCAAGCUUUACCUCGAAUGACACCUCAGCAUCAAAUGACGUCUUGCAACUUUCGCCCAUCAUUGACGACGAUGGCAACUAUUCUAAUUUGCCAUUAGUGGACGGCAGUCUGAAUCCAGCGAUUAGUGGCAGCAUCGGUGGAAGCAGCGAGGUGGGUAAUACUGUAACGUUUAUCAUCGUGGGAUGCGCGGCGACUAUAGCUAUACUAUUUGGCAUUUUCUAUCUAAGACCAAAACGAGUGGAUACCCUACAAUUGCUGACACCUGUUGAGGCUCCGCCGCUGAUUGAUCGUUCUGGCUAUGGCGAGUAUUGGUUUAAUCGAUCGGUCGAGUCUGAGCCAGUUGGUCCAUAUGAUGCCUCAUCGACGCCACGGGAAAUUGGUGCAUCGGUCUAG